AUGCAGAAACUAUUAGAUUCCUGCUGCAAAUACUGCGGCUCCGACCAGAUAGAGUCCUGCAAGCAGCAGGGCGAGCUGGUCUGCCGCAACUGUGGCGCAGUCCUCCAGGAAAACAACGUACUUGAGGCCGUACAAUAUGCCGAAAACCCAGCGGGUAAUUCCACGCUCAUCGGGCGGUUCGUGCCCACCGGCGGCGGUGGCAUGGGAUCGCUCAAGUACAGCUCAUCGCAGACCCUCGACCAGCUGGUAAGGCGCGGCGAGCAGAACAUUCAGCGCACGGCCUGCCACCUCAACAUCUCCAGCGAGCUCGUCACCAAGGCGACGCGGAUAUACUCCCUGGCGGUACAGCGCAACUUCACCAUGGGACGUAACAACAAGCACGUCGCCUGCUGUUGUUUGUACACGGCCUGCCGGCGAUUCAAGGCGCCAUAUCUGCUCAUCGACUUCGCCGACGUCUUGCAGGUGCCGGUGAAGAUCAUCGGGCAGGUGUUCAUGAAGCUGGUGCGCAUGCUGCACCUCGAGGUGCCCAACGUGGACCCCUCCAUCUUCUUCGAGCGCUUCGCCAACGAGCUGCAGCUCAAGGAGAAGGUCGACCAGAUCAUCACGACCGGCGUCAGGCUCAUCCAGGCGAUGCGCCGUGACUGGCUCUGCACUGGGCGCAGGCCAACUGGUCUCUGUGGAGCUGCGCUGGUCGUGGCUGCACGCAUCCACGGCAUCCCGCUGAACGCGGAGGCCGUCGCGUCGGUGGUACGCAUAUCGCAUCCUACAAUUAUGAAACGCCUGUCGGAGUUCCGCGGAACGUCGACCGCACGCCUGUUGACGAGCGAGGUGGACAUUGUCGACCUGGAGAAGUUGCCGGCCAACCCCCUCCCGCCCUGCAUGAUGGCCAAGAAGCUGGCCCUGGAAAAGAAACGUAGGCUUGAGUCGGAGACCGGUUCCACAUGUUCUGACAACGGACGGGCCUCGAUAACGAGCGGCGAAGACAGCCCGCUUUUGACCUCGACUCAGUUGCAGCUGCCGGUCCAGGGGAAGAUCGACCUGCACCUCUCCAACGACUUGCUUUGCCUGGAUGCACCAACGGCAAGCGACAUCAAUCAUAUCGCAGACACCAUCAUGGGAGCGGCACCCCAGCUGGGCUGGGCGCUGCCCAAGGCCGAUGGCGCCGGGGACGGGCCUAACUCGAGCAACUCCGAGAGCAUUGUGCCCAAAGCGGCUCUCACUACUAUCGCAAUUCCGCAGUCUCGUGCGGAUGGUCAUUUGAGCUCCGACGACGAGGACGAUGAAAGGGAGUUCAGUUUCAUGAUCUUGUCGCCUGACGAGAAGGCUGCCAAGACGCUGCUGUGGGACGAGGUCACGAAGGAUAUCAUGCCGGAGGUCUGGCGCAGACAGGCGGAGCGCAAGCGCAAGGAGGCGCUGGGCAAGACUAUUAAGAAGCGCAAAUACUGCAGGAAAUCGUAUGCGGACUACCCUGAGGCGCAAAACGCAGCGCAGUCUGCGCGCAUGGCGCUGGAGCGUCACGCCAAGGAUUUCUCAAACAGGAUGAACCAGGAGUUCCUGGAUACAAUCCUGGCGUAG